AUGGGUACCUCGGACUUAAAUUUUUAUAUUAACAAGCAUCGAAAGGCCUAUGAAGAGCGGCUGAAGAAGGAGCAGCAGAACCAUCAGGGAAAAACCUCUAAGGGGGAGGCGGAAGGAGGAGCACAGAAGGUCGCCCCGAGUGAAGUAACCAAGGGAGGUGCUAAUGAACAGUCCAAUGAAGCCGACAAUGGAAUCAAAAAUCUAAAUGAGGGAUAUAAUCAGCAUGCUAAUCAGAACGACGACACUACGAGAAACUCCACGAGGGACGAAAAUAUGAAUCAAGUUGAUGCUGACUACCUGUUGGCCCUGAAGCUGAAUGAGGCCUUGAAUGGAUCCAUUGAAUCGCCCAGCCUGGGGAACGAAAAUCACUUCAGCAGUGGAAGCCACGCGAGGAGUGCAGAGAGGGACGAAGAUGCGGAGAGGAGCGCCGAUGCAGAGAUGAAUGAAGUUCAAGAAGACGAUGUUAGGAAACCAGACAACUCCUAUGUCGAAUGCCUCCUGGGGGAUAAUAGCUACGUGCCGUUUUGUCUAAAUUACAACGUAGGGAAUGGCAAUAUGAUUCAGAACCCACUGCCUCCCAGUGGAAGGAAUAGGAUUAGUGGCUACUACGUGGACCAUGACGACGGAGGUAUUAUGUACGGGCCUUACAAUCUUCGUAGCAGGAACAAUCGAGUGAAUGAAUUCCAGAAUGGAUUCCAGAAUCGCAAUCAGAGGAGCGGCAACAGUGAUGGGUUCUACUCAUCCCAUUUUAACAGCGCAAAUGAGCCGAUUAAUAUUUCUCUAAGCUCAGAUGAUGAGGAAGGAGAAGUUCAAAUAGAAAAUGCAGCGGCGAAAAGUUCCUUGUCGCAGGACGAUGGGAUAGGAAGUAGUAGCGACGUUUUCUAUCUUCCUGAUGAGAAUUUAUCCUUGACGCCAAGGCAGAAUAAGCCAAAUGGGCAGAGUACUCUGGGUUUACCAUUUUCCACCCGAGGGGAAGACUCAAAGGAAGAAGUAACCAUCGUUGAGGGGCUGAGAGAGGGACGCUUUUCCGACAAGGGGAGGGGGGCCUACCAUCAUGAGGAGGGGAACCCCGAUCUGUCUAUUCAGGCACAUAAAGGGGAAGAGAUCCCCAGGAUGAUGCGAAGUGCAGAAGGGGUAGAACCUCCAAAUAGUUUCUCCUUCCAAUCUGUAGAGGGACCAGGUGGUGGAAGCCCACGAACCGGACAUUAUAACAUGGGUGAAGCGGAUCUUGCAUCCCCCAAAUGCACAGUGGAGAAGUCAGUCCUUGGUCUGUGCGAUGUCUAUAAUGAUCACUUUGGUCUCAGCAGUAUAGAGACAUUUCAGCCUGUCCGAAGUGCAGCCACAGAGAUGGGAGACCCACUCAGGGAUGGACACAACCCCAGCGGAAAUAACCCAGUUAGGAGGAACUACGUACAUGCGUCCCCGUGGGAUGAUUACUCACAAGAGGGAAGAUACUACGUGCACUACGAACCGUUGAAUCUAAAUGGAAAAGAAAAGAAGAAAAAUAAAGCGACCUAUGAAGGUCUACACAAUGUGGAUGCAUACGGUGAGAGGGUGGGUAACGGGUUAGUGGUCCCCUCAAGGGGAAGGAAGCCUAACGGGGAAGGAGCAGCAGAAAAAGAAGUAGGAGAAGCAGAACCAGGAGACGCAGGAAGAGCAGAAAAUGCUAAAGGAGAAUACUACAAGCAACUCGCGCACUACGGUAAUGACGUGAUCCCCCUGGAAGGAGAAUACCCGAUUGGUGGUGCCCCGUCUUCAUAUAAGGCGAGGGCGAAGAAGAGCAGAAGGGAUGUCAAGGAUAUCACCCAUGUGGAGAGCAUCCAUAGCGAUGAAGGGUUGUCUCCUCGGAUAGCCCAACAGGAUGAUGCAUCUAAGAUGGCCCACACUCUUAAAUCCUCGAGAAAACACCCCCCGAAAGAAAAAAUAGAAGAUCCACAUUUCUCCAAAGGGGAGAGUUACAAGGCACAAAAUGGAGGUGGGGUUGAGGGGGUCCCCGAGGAUGGCCUUGUUCUCUUCAAGACAGGUCUGGGAACGAGGUUCGAGCCAUAUGAGAGGAACGACCCCACCAUGGGUGUAUGUAAAAGUGGAGGAUACCCAAAGAACGACAUGUCCUAUGCAGACAUGGGUCGGGACAUCACGCAAGGUGAGCCUUCCCCCUUUAAUAUGCUCCAUUUGGGGAAGGAAAAUCCUAUGGAGAGAAAUAUAAACGAUUAUGUUGCGAAUAAUCCUCUGAUGGACAUGGAUGAUAGCGAACAGGUAUUUGCAGAAAUGGCUAGAAGGUGUGCAUCUGCUGAAAAAAGCAAUCGUCUCCCCUUUGAGUCGCUGCACAAUGGGGUGGGAGUCCCCACUGUUGGGGCAAUCGGAACGGAGGGGGGUCUCCACUCCAGAACGAACGGACAAGCAAAACUGUUUAGCGGCGGAGACUUUAAGCCAAACGGGAGGGCCUUCACAGUCAGCCAUGUCGGGGAUCACAUAAAUGCAGAUAUGUUACACUGCUCAGAUGUAGAGUUCACUGAAGGAGCUACCCACAGGUUGCCUAAUUAUGUAGACGAGGGGAAGAACUGGUCUGAUGGUACUCCCCUAGAACCAUCGAGUGUGCUACGUGGUGUCCAUUUCGCCGGGGAAGUGUCAUCAUCAUCCCGCAUGGUGGAAGAACAACCCCUCUGUGGUGAAAACAACCAACACGAUGAGGUUCUCCUGUGGAGCCGCCACGGUGCAGGUAGCUACAAAAUGUUCGCAAUAAAUAGAGGAGCUAAUUACCAAGGCCGACCAGAAGAGAAGAGCAAAAAUGAGGGUCACCACACAGAUGUGAAGAAGGACAGCACGCUAAACCGAUUCAAUGGGACAAGCGACAAUAAAUUUUUUACAAGUCGGAGGAGCCCUUUUUUUUGCACUUUGGGAGAAGCCCAAGGAGGGGCAACACCGGACGUGUACGUGAUUGAAGAAGGCACAGGAGCUGGUGAGCCACAUUCGACUCAUGAACAAAACGUCCAGCCACAUCCCUUGGAAGUUUAUCACCAAGGGGGGAUACUCAACGGGAAAGUAAAACACAUUGGUGAUAUGAGGGGAGAAAGCGCAGGUUCAGUUAACGCGGAAGAGACACAGAUGGAGCAGGUGCAAGAAGGACGUGCUGUAAACUCACGUGGAGAUGAUGCGCAUCCAAACCGUGACAUUUCCGAUCAGACCUACCGAAGAGGGAUGGGUUAUGACCACACCAUUUCUGCCAUUGACCAGUUUGAUGAGCAGAGCGCCAACGAUGAGGAUCUCAGUGUGCAGCAGGCCAUCAUUAACAGCUUAAUUGAUUUGUAG